ACAGCUUGAAGCUUCCUCUGGUUCAAUCUCGACCUCCGGGACGCUGUGCAUGUACACUCACCGAGUCUCCGCUGUCACUGUUGCCGUUUUUAAACUCACAUGCUGUUUGGCGACGGCCCGGUAACGGAGCAUAUGCUGCCAUGAGUGCUUUGUGUCGUCUGAUCCAGAGAGGACUGCUGGGCGGCCGGCAAUCGUGUCGUUUAUCCCCCGGACAGCAGCAUGUCUGCGGGGUUGCUCCUACGGUCCGGACCGCCAGCUCAUCCAGCCCAGUCAGUUUGACCUAUGAUGUCUUCGAUGGGAAAGGAGAGAGCACUCCCCUGGUGUUUCUUCAUGGCCUUUUUGGCAGCAAAUCUAACUUCCACUCCAUAGCGAAGUCCUUGGUGCAGCGCACAGGCCGAAAGGUGCUGACUGUAGAUGCCCGUAACCAUGGCAACAGCCCUCACAGCUCGGUGCUGACCUAUGAAGCGAUGGCCGGUGAUUUGAAACACCUCCUCGCUCAGCUGCGCAUCGAGAAGUGCGUCCUCAUCGGCCACAGCAUGGGAGGGAAAACAGCCAUGACAACUGCUCUGUCGCAGCCCGGUUUAGUGGAGAGAUUGGUGGUAGUGGACAUCAGUCCAGCCCAGACCACCACACGCACCAACUUCCGUUAUUACAUCCAGGCCAUGCAGGAGAUGAAGAUCUCCAGUGACAUUCCACGUUCCACCGCCAGGCGGAUGGCUGAGGAUCAGCUGCGGAGUUUGGUCAAGGAGCACUCUGUGCGUCAGUUCCUGCUCACUAACCUGGUGGAGCAGAACGGACACUAUGCUUGGAGGGUCAACCUGGAGGCCAUCUCAGCACACCUCGAUGACAUCAUGAGUUUCCCCAGCUUUAACACCCGCUAUGAGGGACCUACACUGUUUUUGGGUGGAGCUAGUUCUGCUUAUAUCAGCUCUGACGAUUACCCAGAAAUCCAGAGGCUUUUCCCUGUUGCUGACAUCCAGUACAUCCCAGACGCGAGCCACUGGAUCCACGCAGACAAACCCUUAGAUUUCAUCAGCUCCAUCAUCUCCUUCCUUCAGUCGUAGCUGCCCCCCGUCUACACCUCAGAACUUUUUUUAAUGCUCAGCGCCUCUGAGCGUCCGCUCGCCGAAAACCAAGGUGAGAAUUCAGCAGCUUCAGCAAGAGCGAGUGGAGUCAUUAAAGAUGCUAAUAUUUGCAAACACUGGACCAAACUCGCCCUUUUACAGCAGUCAGUUCUUACCUUUUAACAGUGUCAAAUGUAGUGUAGUGUAGUGUAGCGUAGGCUUUCUUUUGUUUAGUCUCUCUGCCAGACAGGUAGUGUUACUAGAUUGGCUGGUUUCUAGAUGUGUUUUCAUUGGUUUUUAGAUCAGUAGGUAACAAUGAAAAUAUCUGGAAUUUAACAUAAUGGGGCUGUUUUGGAGGUGAUAUACUAAUCCAAAGAAACUCUCAUUUGCACAGUGCUUUCUUCAUGUCAAUACAUUUAUGCCAGUAUGAUAGAAAAGUGGAUUUAGGCCAUGUACAAUCUGGGACCGCAAAAAUGGACCAGCAGUAAGAUAGUUUUGACAUCACUGGAAUGAAACACAUACUGUAUAUCUGAGAAGCUCUUCGUGAAGAGAAGGGAAGAAUGUGCAAAGCAAAAAUAGUUUCUUUGCCCGGGGGGGCGGUUAUCGGGUUAUCGUGGUGUCAUGUGUCAGGAGGCUUUCGCUCUGUAAAGAGGCUGUAAUAUAGACUUAACGUGUACAGAUGGUUUGUUGUAGAAAUUUGAUAAUAGAGAUAUAUUCAGUAUUUUGUUUUGGUUUUAAUUCUCCCUCAUCUUCUCCUCUGUGUAUCUGCUGAAUGGCAGAGAUGAGGAUUUCACAGGUCUCUUACUCUGUCACUACUCGAGCUCAUCAGGAGCACUGGUUAUAUUUUUAUUCCAACAUAAUCAUCGAUGAAAACCAAUCUGAAACGCUCAAAGUGCAGUAUUGUCACAAUCUGUUCCCUGAAAUCUCAGGUUACAACUGGACAUGCUAGUCAUUCUACUCCUCUACUCUUCUUCUGUCUGUCUGGCAAUAAGCCGUGGUAACGUCGUCGUGUCUUUGUAUGUGCUCAGUCCAAUCUGUGUUUUGAUGAAACAUGUUUUACUGAUUUAUUAUCUUUAUCUCACUUAUCUUUACAACUAAGGCGCAAGACUCGAUGGGUAUUCUCACAAAUAUAUGCUGCAACAAUGUACCUUGUUAUCUGAUCGUGAUAGUGUUAAUGUCAUUUCUGUUUCCAUGGGUUUGAACAGUACAGUCCAGUAGUGAAACUGCCAUCUGUAUGAAUAAGCAGGGUGUUGUAAAUUUGUAUGUGCCUCUUUUGUCAAGAGCUCCUUUUCCAUUUCUGUAAAACUUGAUUAAAAAAAAAAAGGAACAUUUUAUUCUACAACAAUAACUAACAGACUUUAGAUUGGCAGCUGGGUUGCCAGUUAUGUGUGAAUUUUCUCACAAGAAAGCUUAACACAUGGGGGUGAGUCCCUUCAUGAGACCAGAUGUUUACUACAAUCAGUGUUUUGUGUUUGUUUGAUGUGAAUAUGGAAGUCUGAAAGGCUUUAAAUUAUCAGAAUUAAGUUGAGUCAAACUCUUAUUUAAUUUGUUUAUAAAGCCUCAGUCAGUGGAGAGGCACCCCUUCGCCCUCCUCUACCACAGCACAGAUGUGUCAUGUAGCACAAUAUGAAUAGAUUGUGGGGGUGUGUGUGGGGGGGGGUUGCUGACAUUUGAAUGCAGGUCCUGUUUCAGCUUCUAUGGUGUUACAGUGGGACACAAACACGUCAAAAGGGAGCUCUGUGUUAACGAUAUAGAAAAGUGAAUUUAUUCAGUGACAUUGUAAAGCGGUUUGGAGACUGUAAUCAUCUGUUCAGGAUUGUAUAUUGUUUCUCUGUGAGCAUGCCUUUUCUCUUGUCAUCGGGUGUGACUUUGCUGUGCUAUAUACGUCUCAGUUUGUUCCCACAUUGGUGGCGCUUAUUCGAAAUAAUGGCAUAUAUAUAUAUAUAUAUACAUAUAUAUAUAUAUAUAUAUAAACAUUUUAAAUGUGUGCAAGCCCAUAUAGGAGUGGAUUAUAUAUUAUUGAAAAUGUACAAACUGAUAUUAUACAAUAAAAUAGCAAAAAUCUG